CUGAACACAUCCAACAAGUGGCGGACAGGAUUCUUAGUGGACUUGGUGAACCUACUUUAGGUUUAGAAGGUAAAGUAAUUAGUUUGUUGAAAAUAUAGUUUGAGAUACCACUUGUGGUUUUUUCUCAACAUAGAAACCAGGACUGGAAAUGUAUGGCCUCACCAUAGUUUUAUUCUGUUUUAGAUGUUGCUCUUCAAGUAAACGAAGGAGGUUUGUGGAGUUAAUUUAAUGGAAUAUUUGUGUUGUACUUUGUCUCACAAUUUAUGUAAGGUUCAAAACAAUGAUGUUCUUAUUCGCUUUCUAGGUUUUAAUUUAAGUUCUGGAGGUGUAGUUGUAAGGAUAUUGAUUACGACUUUACCCAAAAAUCUUCGUGAAGCAAAAGCAGAUACACACGGUGAGCAUAAGAACAGAAAACAAAUAUAUACACAUAACUGCUUUUGUGUGUUAACCCAUUAUGUUGCAUUGUGCCAUACUUUAUUAUUUUACUCUGUCUAAUGCCAGAUGAUUUUAUUUGUAAAGGGGAGCGUGCUGGUGUUCAAAAUGGGUUGUUAAAAACUUGUAAAGCAAAAGUGCCUCAGAAUAAUAUGUAACUCACUGAAACUGUUCUUUGUUGGUUUAAAUAUUUCAGUUGAUGUGAAACUCCUCGAAGGUGCGUUAGCAACAAUUCGUCACUCGAGAUGGUUUGAAGAAAACGCCUUCCACACAACGUAAGUUUUAAUUUGAGUAUGAUGAAACUACCCAGAGACUAAAAAUGGUCUCUUUAACUGUAGUGUCUAGAAUUCCUUCAUGUUUUUUUGUUACAGAGUUCGUAUUCUGGUUCGAAUAAUGAAAGAUAUGAAAAACAGAUUCAAUACAACUGGAUUACAGGCACUCACACCUUGGCUCAUUGAUCUUUUGGUAAUGAAAGUUUUCUUGGGAAUUGGCGUUUUAUCACGUGAAUGAUUCUAGUCUGUAUUCUUGAGUAAUGAGAGUGAGUUCAUUGCUUCUUUAUUUGCAGGCACACAGGGCGACAGUUUCAGUGUCGAACGAACCAGUCACAAUUAAUGUCGCGUUCAGGUAUGGUAUUAACUUAAACUGUAGAUGAAUCAUCUGUCUAGCUGAAUGUUUAUAAAAUAGCUCAGCUGAUAUCUUGUGUGUGCAUAAACAUUAGAAAACUACCAUUAUUAUCUAUCACUCGAGGUCUGAGCUGUAUGUGCAGUUUGUCUAGAAACUAUAAAGCCGUAGCAUGUAUAGGUCACCUUGAUGGAUGGUCCAUCUACAGUUCUGUACAAAUAGAUCAUGAGACGGAAACAAAACGAUACAAGAGUCAAGAUUACUGUAGGCCAUGCUAGUUUUGAUGUCAGCGAAGUGCUUCCUAUAAAUAUUCAGGAAUAACAUUUCAAUCCAACUGUUUUAGCUGUGGAUUCAGAAGUGCAGCUAAAACCCCCGCCACCCCUGAAGGGGGAUCUGAAGAGAAGAUGGAAACAACAGCUUCGUGAAGUGAGAACAUUUUAUGCACAGAACAUCAUUGCCACCAGCAAGCAACAAAUUCUACUAUAGGUAGUACAGUUUUACUUUGACGUGAACUUCUUGUAAAAGUGAACAUGAGACACCAUUCCCCAACAUUUUAUGUAUUUUAGCAUUAUUUGUAGUUUGUAAAAUUUUCUUCAUUUAAUUAAUAAAAUGUGUAACUAAAUUUAUUUAUACUGGAUAACUCUAUCAGUUCUAAACUGUUCUUCCUAGAGGUCUAGUAAGGAUCAUCUCUUAUUGAUCCAGUGUUACUACAGGAGGAAACCUAAACUAAGCUAACUUUAUACUGGAUAUAUAGCUCUAUCAGUUCUAAACUGUUCUCCUUAGAGCUGCAGUAAGAAUCAUCUCUUAUUGAUCCAGUGUUACUACAGGAGGAAACCUAAACUAAACUAACUUUAUUUAUACUGGAUAACUCUAUCAGUUCUAAACUGUUCUCCCUAGAGGUCCAGUAAGAAUCAUCUCUUAUUGAUCCAGUGUUACUACAGGAGGAAACUUAAACUAAAAAGCAACAAUUAGAAUAACACCAGUAAACUGUGUCGGCUGAGCAGGGUGCGAUCAUUCCAGAUUUCUAGUCGUACCUGACUAGUAUGAAAAGAGUGUUUUGCUAUUUGAAAUGGGUGUUUUGCUAUUUGAAAAGGGUGUUUUAGGAUAAACACAGUUAAGAAAAUAAUAUCACAAUUGUUGUAAAGUUGAAAUAGUAAAACACUUAAAACUGUCUCAUGCAAGGCUGCUUUGACAACUCUAGUCGAAAAACUAUUACACCAAGAAGCAAAACACCGGGUAAUGCAAUAGACCUUUCCCCUUUUGAGUGAAAUUUGGAUCUAAACAACCCUAGACAAAAAUUUCAUUAUACAGCUUGAAAGAGCAUCACAAAAUUAGUAAUAUUCCGAAGUUUCGUUGCGAAAUGUUGUAAAAUACGGAUAAUAUAGCCCUGCGAAGUUUGCCGUUUUUCAGUCAUUUUGUAUUACGCGCAGGAAAUUUUCCGAAAGCGGUAUCAAUUUCCCGUGCGUAAUACAAAAUGACUGAAAAACGGCAAACUUCGCAGGGCUAUAUUAUCCGCAUUUUACAACAUUUCGCAACGAAACUUUGGAAUAUUACUAAUUUUGUGAUGCUCUUUCAAACUGUGAUGAAAUUUUUGUCUGGACUUAUCUAGAUCAAAAUUUUGUUCGCUGGGGAAUAGGUCCAUUAACGAACGGUGUUCUUGUUUUCAUUUUUUAGACUCCAUUAAAGGUGAACGUACUGUCUCACCCAAGAUAGAAAAACUGUCGAUUAAGAACUUCGUUACCGUGAACGCUCCUAAAUCAAACGCGAGCAAAACAGUAAACCCAAUCCAGACUGGUGGUGAAAACGGCAGCCAAAGAACUAAAGAAACUGCUCCGCGAAGAGUCGGUUUUGUUAGUGUACAGCCCACGAAUGUCGCCACUCCCGUUGCUAUGACAACUGUUUCUACGACAGCACAGCCGCGCGCGGUUACAACUCUACGCCAGUGCCUUUAG